UGCAAGCUCUUUGAGUAGACGUAUACAAUGUUUUAGCAACAGUUAACAUCCUUUAUUUAAGCCUAAAUAGAUUGUGAUUGGGCCUUUUUUAUCACACUGAAUUCUGACCUAAAGUGUUUUGAUUUCUUUAUUUUAUAAAAAUGCAUAAGAUUCAACAAGUUUGGGGAAUUAAUUCGUCGGAAUAGACAUUGCCUCUUAACAUUACAAUUACUCUUGUGUUAUGUAGCCUACAUUGAAGUAUGUUUCAGGGCACCAACACAAUUUGUGUUCAAUUAUCUUCUCAAAAGGCAACAUUAGCUUUCAAAGUGCACCCGUGGCUGUGGUUACAGUGAUCGUACUUCAUACCCAUUCUUCUGAACAGAUCAUGCAAUGAGUCGAAAAAGCAGAACUCUGUGAAACUGUCUCAGAUAGACAGUCACACCGAGGACGCACAGAAGCGGUGACGCGCCACCGUGCGCUUGGUCACUUGUUCUUUCUCCGUCUAGAGGUAGCUCGCGUUCAGAGAAUCGCAUAGGAUAGAAGAACAGACGAAGUGUUUAACCGAUCGACUAGUUAGCUACGACGAAAUGUUCAGUAAGGACUGCGCGAUUUAAAUUCUGAAAGUAGCAGAUUACAAAGACGGUGUGAGAUGACCACGAGACUGGAGGAACCGUGCGCUCUGUCAUGCUGAGCAUCUCCCUCACACUCCUGCUGGCCCUAACCGCUCCCGCCGUGCGCUGCUCCCACAGCUGGAGCGACGAAGAUCUUCUGCUUCCACCCAUCAACUCCUCCAACACAUUUCUACCUAGCCUGGAGGUGGACGUUGGCUACUCAAAGAGAUCCGUGGAGGAGCCCGAUGCAGCCACGCAGUGCAACGUGAGCGUGGAGAGACUUCCCACCAAACUCGUGGCGCGCUGGGACAGUAACUUCGGUUUCCAGUGCGACGUGCUCAUUUACACGACUAACAAUCAUGGCAAAGCGUUCUUUUCCACCGCCUAUAACCGGGCGAUCUCCCCGGUGUACAUCGAACAUCUGGGCGUCACGGGUGGCCAGCAGGAGUUCAGACUGUGCGUCGGCUGCGGUUUGUCCAGAUACAGGAGAUUCAGGCGAGGCAGGUCAGAUGGUCAUCAGAUGGGCGACUCCGUCCAUUUCUGCUGUCUGGAUUUCGCUCUGGAUGAGCUGAAGGGGGACAGGAGCUGGAGGCUGAACCGCAAACCCAUCGAGUCGACUUUGGUGGCUUGUUUCAUGACUUUAGUAAUAAUAAUAUGGAGCGUCGCCGCCCUCAUAUGGCCGGUUCCUAUUAUUGCUGGAUUUCUUCCGAAUGGAAUGGAGCAGAGAAGGCCGAGGUAAUAGAACAGAGUAGAAUAAAAUCUUAAUUUAUCAGAAUAUUAGAUUCCAGUUCAACCUAUCAAAUUACUAUAUUUAUUAGGUAUGUAGGAUCUAAUACAAUAUGUUUGCUUAACCAGUACAAUUCUUGUGCUUAAAUGUCUUUUAACAUAUCCUGGAUGGAUUGAGAUUUUUUUAUUAGAUUUCAUUUGUUUUUUAAACAUGGCCUGUAAUAGCUAUACACUUAAUGUAGUAUUCCGAAGUAAUUCCAACUGUUUGUAAUGUUUUUAUCUUGAGAUUUCAGACUCAUUUCUAGUGUUUAUAGCAUUUACAUUAAAAGUGGAGUAGGCUACAUGUCUCAGGAACAAAAAGCUCUUUUAGAAAUGACAGAGUAAAGACAUUUUUCUGACUUUUGACUAGUAGUUUAUAUAUUAUUAUGAAAACAGAUGCAACAAUGUUUCUGGAAUUGUAAAUCGAUUCUUAAAUAUUUUAGAGCAUUGUGUUUGUAUUUGUUUGUAUGAAUUAACAACCCAUUCUCACCAAAUGCGUACAAAUAACGUACGAUACAUACGCCAAAUUCCAAUUUUGCGUGCAUAUGAUACGCAGUCUUUCCCGUUCACUUAGGCUAUUGCGCAUCUUUUCGUUUAGCUUAAUUUAUUGGCUUCUCAUUGUUUUCUGUUUUUUAAACCAUUGUCGCUUGGGUUGAGGAUGUCAUUUAAUAUAGGCUAUAGUUUUCUUCAUGUUUUGUCUAUUUUUAAACCAUAGUCGCUUGGAGUUGGGGCUGGAAUUAGUGUUUGGGUUAGAAUGUCAUUUUAUGUUACAAAAACGUGCUCUAACCCCAAACCCAAGCGACAAUGGUAAAAAACAAAAAACAAAUGAGAAACCAAUAAAUAACGUCAUGAAAAUAUGUGCCAUAUAAGUGAACGGAAGGACUGCGUAUCAUAUGCACGCAAAAUUGGAAUUUGGCGUAUAUAUUGAACGAUAGAAUGGGCUAAAGCUAAUACUUAGUUAUAAAAAGUUCUUGGACAUGUAUUUAAUGUUGAAAACAUCAUUCUAUAUCUAGUUUAAACUGAAGAACAAGCUGACAUUAAAUCUAUUUAUAAAAGAGUGUGAACAAAUUAACUUUGUAAGGUUUUUACGUCCAAGAUAUGUAAUUGUUAUUUGCAGUAUAUUAAUAAAUUAACUGAAUCUUU